ACCGGAUUACCAUCGACAUCAACAAAAUCCAUGGUGCGCUUUGCAAUCUUUUUUUUCCUGGUGAAGUCAGUCGUUUCAUAAGAAAUGUCUCAAGUUCAAGUGAAGUUUCGCACGAAAGACACAAAAUAUUCAGUUCCAGACACACCAUUUUCUGUUACUGGUAAUGCCUCAGCAACUCAACUUUCCUCGCUUAUUCAUACACUGAUAAAGGAGUCUGCAUCUGAUGAGGAGACACGUGAGCUUCCAGUUUUUGACUUCUUGGUUAACGGAGAGCUUCUUCGGCUUCCGUUAGAGGAACACUUGCAUGUGAAAGAAAUAUCUCAAGAGACAGUAAUACACAUCGAGUACUUCACGAGGUGCCCUCCACCGCGCCCAAUUGACAGUUUGGUUCACGAUGACUGGGUUAGUGCAGUUCAUGCUUCUGCAGAUGGCAUUCUUUCUGGCUGCUACGACAACACUCUGCAUAUUUGGGAUGCAGACGGAAAACACAAGCUGAUGAUACCUGGUCACAUGGGUCCUGUUAAGGCCAUUAAGUGGGUGUCGUCUGGCAAUCCAAUCUGCAUUUUCGUUAGCACCUCGCACGACGAAACUGCCAUGCUGUGGCAGUGGAAUAAAAACGCCAAUGCAAUUGAAUCAGUACACGUUUGCAAAGGUCAUGCCAGAAGUGUUGAUUGUGUAGAUGUCGAUGGCACACAGACAAAGUUUGCUACGGGAUCAUACGACCAUAUGCUGAAAAUAUGGUCUGCUGACCCCAGCGUAAAGGAUAGUGAACAAAUUGAGGAUGGCUCUGAAGAAGGAAGCAGAAAAAAGCUGAAGACAACUGAAGGGAAGACAAAAAUACGAACUCCUGUGCUGACUCUUUCUGGUCAUCAUGAAGCUGUUACAGGGGUCCAGUGGACAGAUGACAGUGAAGUCGCCACUUGUUCCAUGGACAAUACACUUCGUCUUUGGGAUGUUGAACUGGGUGGGUUGAAGACACAACUGGUGGGUUCCAAGGCAUUCCUUAGUAUAUCACAUUCAAAGUUAAACAAGCAAAUUAUUUCUGGAUCGACAGACCGUCAUAUCAGGCUUUGGGAUCCAAGGACGAAAGAGGGCUCUGUAGUCAAAUGCAGCUACACAUCACAUGUGGGAUGGGUAUCGUCAGUGUGCUGGUCCUCCACUUUAGAGUACCAGUUCAUAUCAGGUGGCUACGAUGGUGUGCUUAAGCUCUGGGACUCAAGAUGUCCAAAAGCAUCACUUUAUGACAUGUCAGGGCAUGAAGAUAAGAUAUUAGCUGCAAACUGGUCUGUGAGCAAAUACAUGAUCAGUGGUGGUGCUGACAACCAGAUGAAGAUUUUUGAGCACAAUGGGUAAUGACACCAGGAAUCCAAAAAAUGUUCAACCACCUUUACAUUUGUGGUCUGUUUGUAAGUGAGAUACGUUCAGCACUGACAAACACAUUUCAGAAUAAACCAUCUGCUAUUAU